UUGGACGUGGGGCUUAGAAGCAGGCGGGGGAGAAGGAGUUGUUGCCGGAGCUGAGACCAGGCGGCCGGAGUCCGCAGGGAUGAACCUCGAGUUGCUGGAGUCCUUUGGGCAGAACUAUCCAGAGGAAGCCGAUGGAACUUUGGACUGCAUCAGCAUGGCCCUGACUUGCACCUUUAACAGGUGGGGCACACUGCUUGCAGUGGGCUGUAAUGAUGGCCGAAUUGUCAUCUGGGAUUUUCUGACAAGAGGCAUUGCUAAAAUAAUUAGUGCACACAUCCAUCCAGUCUGUUCUUUAUGCUGGAGUCGAGAUGGUCAUAAGCUUGUGAGUGCUUCCACUGAUAACAUAGUGUCACAAUGGGAUGUUCUUUCGGGCGACUGCGACCAGAGGUUUCGAUUCCCUUCACCCAUCUUAAAAGUCCAGUAUCAUCCACGAGAUCAGAACAAGGUUCUCGUGUGCCCCAUGAAAUCUGCUCCUGUCAUGUUGACCCUUUCAGAUUCCAAGCAUGUUGUUCUGCCGGUAGAUGAUGACUCUGACUUGAACGUGGUGGCGUCUUUUGAUAGGCGAGGGGAGUAUAUCUAUACAGGAAAUGCAAAAGGCAAGAUUUUGGUCCUAAAAACGGAUUCUCAGGAUCUUGUUGCUUCCUUCAGAGUAACAACUGGAACAAGCAAUACCACAGCCAUUAAGUCAAUUGAGUUUGCACGGAAAGGAAGCUGCUUUUUAAUCAACACAGCUGAUCGGAUAAUCAGAGUUUAUGAUGGCAGAGAGAUCUUAACCUGUGGAAGAGAUGGAGAGCCUGAACCCAUGCAAAAAUUACAGGACUUGGUGAAUAGGACCCCAUGGAAGAAAUGUUGCUUCUCUGGGGAUGGGGAAUACAUAGUGGCAGGCUCCGCCCGGCAGCAUGCCCUGUACAUCUGGGAGAAGAGCAUUGGCAACCUGGUGAAGAUCCUCCAUGGGACGAGAGGAGAGCUCCUCCUGGAUGUAGCUUGGCACCCUGUGCGACCCAUCAUAGCAUCCAUUUCUAGCGGAGUGGUAUCCAUUUGGGCCCAAAAUCAAGUAGAAAAUUGGAGUGCAUUCGCACCAGAUUUCAAAGAGUUGGAUGAAAAUGUAGAAUAUGAGGAAAGAGAAUCAGAGUUUGAUAUUGAAGAUGAAGAUAAGAGUGAGCCUGAGCAAACAGGGGCUGAUGCAGCAGAAGAUGAGGAAGUGGAUGUCACCAGUGUGGACCCCAUUGCCGCCUUCUGUAGCAGUGAUGAAGAGCUGGAAGAUUCAAAGGCUCUGUUGUAUUUACCCAUUGCCCCUGAGGUAGAAGACCCAGAAGAAAAUCCUUAUGGCCCCCCACCGGAUGCAGUUCAAACCUCCUUGAUGGACGAAGGGGCUAGUUCAGAGAAGAAGAGGCAAUCUUCUGCAGAUGGGUCCCAGCCACCAAAGAAGAAGCCCAAAACCACCAAUAUAGAACUGCAAGGAGUGCCAAAUGAUGAAGUCCAUCCACUACUGGGUGUGAAGGGGGAUGGCAAAUCCAAGAAGAAGCAAGCUGGCCGGCCUAAAGGAUCAAAAGGUAAAGAGAAAGAUUCUCCAUUUAAACCGAAACUCUACAAAGGGGAUAGAGGUUUACCUCUGGAAGGAUCAACGAAGGGUAAAGUGCAGGCGGAACUCAGCCAGCCCCUGACAGCAGGAGGAGCAAUCUCAGAACUGCUAUGAAGACUUUGAAGAUCUUCGUUCUUCCCCACUUUGCCAUCAGGUGGCCUCUGGACAGUGUGGGCAGUCAUUUGAGAUAGACUUUAAUUUAAAACAAAGGCCUGUGCCUCCCACCCAGGAGGUGGAAGGAGUGAAUUUUAUGUGUGAAUGAAGAAGUGAAUUAUGGACGAAGAGCAUACAUCCUUUGCCUUCCCUUUCAAGCAUAGUCCAAAUAGGCUCUCAGGAAUGAGGAUUUAUGAAGACAUUGCAUAGGAGAUUUGACUCAUUUAAACUUCUAACACUUGGUUGAGUUGCUGGAGAAAAGAUAACCUACAUUUUGCUCAUCUAACCAUUGAAUCCAGCAUCUUUGUGACAUGUCAUUUCCUGUCUCCUAUUUGCCUUCUAUCCUCAGUGCAUGUCCUUGAGUGACUUGUCCUUAUCCCAGGAAACCUUCUGUUGCAUAUUCUCUUUCUUUCAUUUUUAAACUUCCCCUCUCCCAGAUGCCUACUGUAUUUUCAUAUUGUGUACAAAGGUUAGUCAGAAAAGAAAGUGCUUGAAAGAUUUCAAAUUUGCAGGAAAGGCAGAAAGAUAAGAAGGCCCCUCUUCCUAUCACACCACAUUUUGCUCAAGAAGUUGGGCUCUAAGGAUUCAGGGUUUUUCCUUGCAUUGCAUGUUUUCUUCCAAUAUUGGUUCAGUCUUAUUAAUCAUGGUGUUUGAAGAUAAUUAGUUUUAUGCAUUUCCAGCAAAGAAUCAUCAGUAGUUUCUAUUACUUUAUCUGUGCUGGCUUCCAGAGUUGGAAACAAACCAAGGUGUUUUCCCACAAGCUUCUUUUUUUUGUGGGGGUACCUAUGUGAGGACUGAAGUGAAACCUCCAAAAUCAAAGCAGCAGAACUUCAUUCAAAUCAAAGAUCAAGGUACAUUAUUUUUAUCAUUGCCGGUGGAAACCUGUUCCCAGCAGCCAUUGCAUUUUUUCCCUUCUCAUAGCCAGGCUCCUUUUCUUCACUGUGUUUUCAGUCCCUUCCUUUCUGUGAAAGGUUGCUAGCUUUUUUUUUUCUUUUUCCUUUUUUCCCUUUCUUUGUUUUUGAGUUUACUCUUCUUUAAAUAAAAAAUAUCAGAUUGGAUGGAUGUGUACAUUAAGUGUUUGAAAGUUUCUGAAAAUUCAAAGUCAGGAAACCAGGUAUGGAAAGGGCUUAGUAACCUCUCUCUGAGUAGAGCUGUUAGCUGACCAGAAGUGCUUACUUACCCUGUAUCAUAGUUUCUCAGUGCUUUCAAAGGAGAGUUUAAAUAGUAUGCUGAUUGCAAAAUCUCUUGUCAGUUGGUAAUGCUCCUUUAGGUAGCCAAACACUUUGAUUACUUUUCAAAUUGUAGGAAAGAAAUCAAAGAACAUCAGGAAGAGCCUCUUUCUCCCAGCCUGUCCUUGAGAGCAUAUAUAUUUUCCCUCUAGAAGUUGGAGAAAGAGCUCUUUCUGAGUCAGUUGCAAAAUGUCUGUUUCAGUUGCCACCGCCCCUUCCUCAAGUGCUCAUUUUAUGAAUUUCAUGUGAGUUAGACCAAUGGUUUCGAUUGGUAGGUGGCUCACAGUCAUGUUUUUGUUUUGCAGACAUACUCAUUCCAGGUCUCUCUGCACUGCAUGCACACAGCAGUAAUGUGCAAGCUGUGAUAUGAGGGUUUUGCCUUAUUUCCAUGUGUGAGGUGGCUUGCUUCCCUCCACCCGUGCAUCUUGAUGCCUGUGCUAUGUUCACUUCCUCAACUGGCUACUGAGAAGAAUAACUUAAGCCCUGUCAGAUUGUCUCUGGCAGCAGCUCCUAAUAAUUGUUUAGGCUUUUGGAAUUAUUUUUUCAACUCCUAAAACCUUCUACCCACUUCAGUUUGAAUUUCUCAAUUUGUGUAAUAUAUGUAUAUUCUUGUCUUCCCUUUUGCCAUCUUCUCCUUGUCCACUAUUUUGUUUUUUAAAAUGUUCCGUAGUUUUGUACAAGAUGAGACUUAGCCUUGGGUACUUCUUGCUGAAGCUUUAAUGCUUUGUAAAUAAAAUUGGAUGUUUAUUAAACAACAGUGUAGGCAUUUGUUUGUAAAUACUGAUUACUUCUGGA